AUUGAAAAUAGGCGUAAGGAGAGAGACUGAGAAAAAUAUAAAAGCGAGUAGGAGGAAAAGUGGUUUUGCGAAGAUAUUGAUUGGCAACUGAUGAACAACGGUCUGUGGUAACGGAUACACACACACAUACACACAUGAUCCAUGUGAAUGGUGGGCGGUGGUGGUAAUAGUCAUCAAUUGAGGGUGGUGGGUUUCCAUUAAACGUUGGUAAUGAAAUAGUGAGUAUGGAAAUGUGUGCGGACGUCGAGCUGGAUGGAGUGGCCUUACGGAUGAUGAUGAUGACGAUGAUCUGUUUGGAACGUGCACGUCUCGGCUGCGGUUGGCAAUGGCCGUCCGCAGUUCCGGCCUGACCGGAAGUGAUGUGGACCUGGUGUGGACGCCUCCGCCGUCGUGACAUAUCACUGAUGAGCAAUGCAGAUGAUAUUAGUGGGGGCCGGCGGGUCGCUGCCCAAGCUCAGCAGCCAGGAAGAGGACGGGCACACCCCCCACUCCCAGUUCACUGGCGUAGCCCACUUCGAGCCUAUCCCGCACGACCACGACUUCUGUGAGAGGGUCGUGAUAAAUGUGAGCGGCCUCCGGUUCGAGACCCAGCUUCGUACGCUGAACCAGUUCCCGGACACGUUGCUGGGUGACCCAGCUCGUCGGAUCCGGUACUUCGACCCGCUGCGCAAUGAGUACUUCUUCGACCGCAACAGGCCUUCCUUCGACGCCAUCCUCUACUACUACCAGAGCGGAGGGCGUCUGCGAAGGCCCGUCAACGUUCCGCUGGACGUCUUCUCCGAGGAGAUCAAGUUCUACGAGCUCGGUGAACUGGCGAUCAACAAGUUCCGAGAGGACGAGGGCUUCAUCAAAGAGGAGGAAAAGCCGCUACCGUCGCACGAGUUCCAGCGCAACGUGUGGCUGCUCUUCGAGUAUCCCGAGUCAUCGCAAGCGGCGCGCGUGGUCGCCAUCAUAUCCGUGUUCGUUAUACUUCUGUCCAUUGUUAUUUUCUGUCUGGAGACGCUGCCCGAGUUCAAACAUUACAAGGUGUUCAACACCACGACCAACGGCACCAAGAUUGAGGAGGACGAGGUGCCGGACAUCACGGACCCGUUCUUCCUCAUCGAGACUAUUUGUAUCAUCUGGUUCACGUUCGAGUUGUCCGUGCGCUUCCUGGCGUGCCCAAACAAGCUCAACUUCUUCCGGGACGUCAUGAACAUCAUCGACAUCAUCGCCAUCAUUCCCUACUUCAUCACUCUGGCCACCGUCGUCGCCGAGGAGGAGGACACGGCCCACAUACUCAGAGCGCCCGUCUCGCCGCAGGACAAGAGCACCAACCAAGCCAUGUCGCUGGCAAUCCUCAGGGUGAUCAGGCUCGUGCGAGUCUUCCGCAUCUUCAAACUCAGCAGACACAGUAAAGGACUUCAGAUCCUCGGCAGAACGCUGAAAGCCAGUAUGCGUGAACUCGGUCUACUCAUCUUCUUCCUUUUUAUCGGUGUCGUGCUGUUCUCGAGUGCCGUCUACUUCGCCGAGGCGGGCUCCGAGAACUCCUUCUUCAAGUCCAUCCCAGACGCGUUCUGGUGGGCAGUGGUCACCAUGACGACCGUCGGCUACGGCGACAUGACGCCGGUGGGCGUUUGGGGGAAGAUUGUUGGUUCAUUAUGCGCCAUAGCUGGUGUACUGACGAUUGCACUGCCAGUGCCCGUAAUAGUUUCAAAUUUCAACUAUUUCUACCAUCGUGAAACAGACCAGGAGGAGAUGCAGUCUCAGAACUUCAAUCAUGUCACAAGCUGUCCGUACCUCCCGGGGACGCUUGGCCAGCACAUGAAGAAGAGUUCUCUGAGUGAAUCCUCGUCGGAUCUGGUGGAACUCGAGGAGGGUCUUCUUGUGACGCGCGAUCAGCUCGCUCGGAAGCAGAACUGCAAUCCGCGCCACAACAACAACAUCAACGCCAUGAGCAUUGAGACUGACGUCUGACUACGAGUGACGGAUGCGCUGCGCCCACGGCUGCUUCGCGUCAAGCCGUCCUCACAUCAGUAUGUGCGUGCAGUGCUCCGGACCCUCACUGAACUGCCUCCGCCACCGAUUUGGUACUUUUGUAUCGCGGUUUGUUUCGGGUGAGAUAUCCUGCCAAAUAAAUAAAUAAAUUAUUAAAACAAAGUAAACCAAAAAAAAAUCACAAAAACAAAGUACG